AUGCAAUUAGUGUAUUUAUUGGUAGCCAUAGGCAUUUAUGGCCAGGUUUUCGCAGCCUCUCGAGGAUACAUCGCUGUGCCUUUAGAGAGAUCAUCGGACUCCAUGUACUACAUUGAGUCACUCAUGAUUGGGAAAAGUAAACAGCAAUUGAAGAAGGUGAUAUUAGAUACUGGCUCGGCGGAUGUGGUGCUAACUGGAUCAACGUAUAAAUAUGAGAAGUCGCUCUUUUACCCCGAAUAUGUCGCACAGUACGGGUCAUCAGACCCAUUUCAUAUGUUCCAGCAAAAUGGUACUAUUUCGGGCAAUGACUGGAUAUUACAGGGAUUCACGUUUGGAGUGACAAAUGUAACAAACAUCGAUUCGUUCUAUGGGGUGUUUGGGGUCGGCUACCCUUCGAUUGAGGCCAUGGAUCCGUACGAGAAUUUUCCAAUGAAGCUCGAGUCGCAAGGACUUAUCGACUAUCAAAUAUACAGUGUUUCAGGAAGAUCUGGUGACAGUAAUAUCGUAUUUGGUGGCAUUGAUACCGGUGCCUAUAAAGGUCCGUUAGUCAAAACGCAGAUUGGGUUUGAGGUAGGUCCCCUGUCGACUCGACAAUACCACACUGUCACUGCUGUGACCGUCUCAGCUAUCAAAAUCGCAACCCACAACACCAGAACGUCAAUUUCAACCCAAAAACUCAUAUAUACCCUAGAUACAGGCUCCAACGGCCUCAUGAUCCCCGAACCAGUCUACACUAAUUUACUCACUGCAAUUCACGCCAAAAAGCAAUGGCAAGAUGAUACCCCGUUCUUUCAAAAAGAUGCCCUUGCCGCCGAAUUUCUCACCUUCGACAUCACCGGAUUCCUAGUCUCCAUCCCCCUCACCGACUUGAUCGACGAAUGUACUGCUAUGCGUGGGUCUCAAUACUGCUCGCUCAGAAUCGGUAUUAUUAAUAUCGGCACAGACUCCUAUGUUGCAACCCUCCCCAAUAGUAUUUUCAAGUACAUAUACACUGUGUUUGAUCUACAAGCCAAUCAAGUAUUCAUGGCCCCUUACGGACCAGCAGCCUCCAAAUCCAUCAAACAAGUUUCCAACACCCAUUUUCCCGUCGAAACUACUACCGCACCUAAUUAUGAUGACAUCUACAGAACCAUGUAUCAAACUUCUGACGAAACAACCAUUCAAAGGUCCUCCUCUACCAAAAUUUGUCGAAGAUGA